GUAUUGUAGUUUUCAUAUAAUAAAUUUUUAUGAAAUUAAUAUUUCUAUUCUACUUUGAGCACUUUUCUUCAUCGCGGGGGUAAAAAUGAAAUCAAAAUAACAUCUAUCUCCAUUCUCCACCGUACCAGAUCGAAUUUCAAUGCCAAAUCCUGACGCUAGUAUUUUCCCAUCAGAUCUCUGUGUAAUCCGGAUUAGAUACAAGCAUUCUCUGUGAAUCCAGUAGGCCAAAUAUGGGGGCGAUGUUUUCCCGGUUCUGGUUCAUGCUGUUCCCGGCAAAUGAGUACAAGAUCGUGGUCGUCGGCCUGGAUAACGCCGGAAAAACGACGACGCUUUACAAGUUACAUUUGGGAGAGGUGGUCACUACUCAUCCUACUGUUGGCAGUAACGUUGAGGAGCUAGUCUACAAAAAUAUACGAUUCGAGGUGUGGGAUCUUGGCGGGCAAGAGAGGCUCAGGACUUCAUGGGCAACCUACUACCGAGGAACUAAUGCUGUCAUUGUAGUCAUAGACAGUACAGACAGAGCCCGAAUUUCCAUUAUAAAAGACGAACUGUUCAAUCUGCUCCCACAUGAAGAUUUGCAGAAUGCUGUUGUGCUUGUAUACGCAAACAAGCAAGACCUCAAAGAAGCCAUGACUCCUGCAGAGAUAACCGAUGCUAUUUCUCUUCACAGCAUUAAAAACCACGAUUGGCACAUCCAAGCCAGCUGCGCCCUUACUGGUGAUGGCCUCUAUGAUGGUUUGGAGUGGAUCGCACAGAGAGUUACUGGCAAAGCACAAAGCUAGAGGCGUUCAAAGGUACCGUAAAUUACUUGCUUGGUCUGUAACCAUACAUCCAUUAUAAUCAAAUGUAGUUGCCCUUUUUUUUGGUACUUUAAGUAAACAUGGAAGCCCAUACUACAAUGUUUCAGUUGAAGGGUUAUAGGGAACUAGGGAAGUGUUCAAGUAAUCCAUUUUUGAAGAGAUGCACUAUAUAUGUUUUGAAAUGAAUUUUUAUUUGUCCCA